AUGAUAUAAGAGGAUUAAUAAAUCUGUUUUAAAAGAGGGUGCGAAUAGUGUAUAUUAAGUAAAUGUCUCAUUUUUAUAAUAAUUAGAUGAUGAUCCUUGUGAUGAUAUUUAAGAAAAUAAUUCUUAGUAUCUAGUGUAAUAAGAAAAGGUUGAUGAUAGUAAUUUGAUUCAACCAUGCUUUUGUAAUUUAAUUAUGCAUAGAGAAUGUAUUAAAAGAAAAAUAAUAAAAUAAAGAAGUCCUAAAUGUUUUACUUGUUCAGCUACUUAUUAAGCAAGAGAAACUAAUUCAAUUUAUGCUCAAUCAUUUAAAAAAUACAGGAUGAAUAAAAUUAUUAUGAAAGCAUUAGUUAAUAUUUUUGGAACAGUUAUAAUUGCUUUAGCAUUGCUUUAUUUAAUCUAAAUAGAAACAUAUUAAUUAUAUGAUUAUAUUUUAUAAAUGAUAACUGUUGUAUUUGGUUGCAUUAGUUGCUUGUUGAUGAUAGUGUACAUAUUUUUAAUUGUAUUUAACGUCUUUAUAUUAGAUUGCCAAUGGCAUUAUACGUUCCAAAAUUUUAGACAUAGAAAUAUUGUGUUAUCAAAAUGAAACUAAAUUUCAUACAGAUAAAUAAGUUGUGGAAAGAUUUCUAGAAAGACUUAAAUUAAGUGGAAUUAAUGUAUGA